AUGAAGCAGCCUGUUUCCAGAAUCCUCUGCCUCCACGGCGACGGCACCAACGCCGCCAUCUUCGCAGCUCAGGCGCGCCACCUCGCCCGGGCCCUGGCGCCGCACAACAUCGAGCUGGUGCACGUCACUGCGCCCUUUGAGUGCCAGGCUGGGUUCGGGGUUUCGCCAUUCUUUGACGACUGUGGGCCUUUUUACCGCUGGUUCCCGCGAGACGAUUUCAAUCCGCAGGUGGACGGGCCCUCGGCCGUCGCCGCCGCCGUCGAGACCGCCAAUGACCUCCGGUACGAAUACGGAGACGACAGGGACGCCUUUGUGGGGAUCCUCGGCUUCUCGUCCUCUGCGGGCAUCGUGGCGGGUAUACUGGCCGCCCAGGAUCUCGCAGCAAAGCGGCCUGACCUGCGGUCGGACGUCUAUUACAGGUUCAGGUUUGGGGUCAUUAUAAACGGGACGGGAAUGCCUUUGCAAUUUUUAGACGCGCAGGAGGGCGAGUAUGACUGGCGGAACAAACCUAUCAAUGUGCCAACGGUGGCGGUCAUCGGGACCUUGGAUCAAUGGGAAAGCCAAAGCAGGCGGAUCGUGCAAUGUUUCAAUGGGGAGGUGGUCAAGUGCUUUGAGUAUGAAAAUGACCAUGUCGUACCAACAGACGAAAAACAAGUUAGGGAAAUCGCAAAUGCUAUAGUUACAGUUGCGGCUGUAGCUUGA